CAUCCCUUCUAGACUACAAUGGUCACUUUCACAGCUCACCCCCUUUAUUCUCAUAUUCCAACCUUUGUAAACCACACGUGUUGGAGUCCCUGUCACCACCUGCCAGAAGGGAAGGGAGCUUUGUAUGCAAAGAACAAGUCAAGGAUGCAAAAUGCUAAACAAGCUGAUCUUAUCCAAGGAAGGCUCCAGGAAGGUGACAAGGUUGGAAGGAUUUGGUUUUGCAUAUGCCGUCAUCACUCAUCACUCAUGCAGCUAUAUUUAGGUGACCUGGGCUUUCUGAGAGGAGAUACCAAUGGUGACUCUGAACUUCUGAAGUUGACAGGGACACACAAUUCAAAGGCCAUGACCUUGGAACAAACCCAAGUAGCUGGACAAACCAACGACAAAUCAAACAGAACACAAGAUCUGCAGGUUCCUGAUCAUCGACAAAUUAAGCACCUUUCUCCAAGUCGAUGAGACCUACAUAUGGAUCGGAGCAAGCACGUAUACAAUUCCACAAGAUCAUAUGCAGGAUCUACUUAAUUAGCAUGGUCGACUAAAACAAUGGCAAAGAUGAACACUGGCAUAUCUGGGCGACAAUGACACUUUGAUCCUUGCUUUAUGCCUAGCUUAGACCAGAUAAUUUUACUAUUCCAACACAACCAUGUCAGGGUGCCAACAAUUUCCAGUCUAUGAUGAAAGAAACAAGAGAGAGAGAUCUAGAGAGAGGUGCAUGGCAAAAACAAAUGUCUUGGUGAAAUUUCCAUAUACCAGCUGCAGCUGGUUCCUAACAUUUUUGUCUCUGUCCUGUUCUGCCAGAAUUAUUUGUUGUCUGGAUGUUACUGAUUCCAAAUUAAUAUAUACUGCGAUGCGACAUU